AAACGAGCGUUAAACAUCCUCUCGGAGCUUGAAUUAGUAAAGUUGUCGCGGGUGCUUCUGUGGGUGGGGGCGAGUGUUUAUCCUAGCAACGACUCAACGUUACUUUCAGCGUUUUUUUUUAUUAACAAUGGACUCGUGGUGGGCUCGUGUAUAGUAGUAAUAAAACAAUACAAUACACAAGAAUUUAACGUAUUUGUGUCCACUCCUAGAAAGUUGCUCAUAGCUUGACACCGUUGUUUUUAUAGGGGUGUAGGCUCAUGGAAACCGUUGAGCUCUGAGUAACGUUACACGUCCAAGAGACUCUGCUGCCAUCUGCCGGUCAGCUGGAGAACUGCAGCACUGGCGUCAUGGUGAAAGAUGUUUCGAAAGGGCAAGAAGAGGCACAGCAGCAGCAGCUCCCAAAGCAGUGAGAUCAGCACUAAAAGCAAGUCAGUAGAUUCCAGUUUGGGAGGCCUGUCCAGGUCAAGCACAGUCGCUAGCCUUGACACAGACUCCACCAAAAGCUCAGGUAACGCUGAGUCUGACACCUGUGCUGAGUUCAGAGUGAAGUAUGUGGGAGCUAUUGAGAAACUGCAUUUUGAUAUGAGCAAAACCCUACAGGAACCUCUAGACCUCAUCAGCUACAUUGAUGCUGCUCAGCAAGGUGGAAAGCUACCUUUUGUGCCUGGAGAUGAGGAGAUGAUUCUGGGAGUGUCCAAGUAUGGUGUUAAAGUGGCUUCAUUGGAUCAGUGUGAUGUACUUCACCGUCAUCCACUCUAUCUGAUAGUGCGUAUGCUUUGCUAUGAUGAUGGUCUAGGUGCAGGAAAAAACCUGCUAGCACUGAAAACUACUGAUGCAAAGCAGGAGCAGUGUAGCAUCUGGGUGUAUCAGUGCAGUAGUGCGGAACACGCCCAUGCCAUCUGCAAAGUGCUGUCUGCCUCCUUCGACUGUGCUCUGGUCUCAGAGAAGUCCUGAAGUGUCUUCGAGCAGUCGGUUUGAAGUUGCUGUUUUAAACUCAUCUGAAAGAAAUGUUACCGUUUCAUUUGUGAGUGCUGGUGAUUGGUACUUGUACGGCUUGAAAGGGCGAUCAUCUCUGUAACAUGUUUACACCAGCAUCCUCUGUUUCUGACGUCACCCAUAAGUCCAGCUAGCAGGUUUGGGCUACGUCUAUUUUUUUACAUAAUUUUAUCUUAUUUAAUGUAAAUGUACAGUAACCUCAGUGCACUUCAAGCAUGCACCAGUAAAUCUGUGAUUGUCUAGGACCUGGUAAGAUUUGUGUAAAGCAUGGUACAAUGUUAGUGUGUAACAGGGAUUUUUCAUCAAAGAUGCUGUAAACCCCAGACCCGUUGCACUCUGUAAAUGCAGGGUGUGAUGGGUGAUAUGACAAUCAGAACUGUUUGUCGAACGUGCGACUCUGUAAUCCUUCAGUGUCCUGGUCCAGCUGGGAUCGGAUCAGUUCAUGCGGUACAAUAAAACAGUACAAACGUAA